CUCAGACACUGCAGUAGAUGCUAGGGCUUGGCUGCUGCACUAUACAAUGCGCUGAAAGAUGGUGCACCAGGAGAAAUGUGUUUACCAGGCCCAGAGGAAUGAGAGGGAGUCCAUUAGGCAGAAGCUGGCCCUCGGCAGUUUCUAUGACGACGGACCGAUUACCUUCACUGGCUGUAGCAAGAGCGGCAAAAACUGCCUGUCCUCACGUCUUCAGAAUGGGGUGAACCUACAGAUGUGCUUUGUGAAUGACAGCAGCAGUGACCGGGACAGUGAUGCAGAGGACAGCAGAACAGAGACCAGCCUAGACACCCCAUUGUCACCUAUGAGUAAACAGAGUUCCUCUCUGUCAGACCGGGAUACAGGAGAGGAAGACCUAGACUCGGAGGAUUCAGAGUUCUGGCGGCUCCAGCGGCGGCUGCAGGAGGAGGCGCGUGUGGCUCUAGCUUUGGCCCGUCCCAUGGCCCGCAUGCAGGUGGAGGUGGAGAGACAGAUUCAGAUACACAGAAGGUCUCCUGUGGCAGACCUGUUACCACAUCUGCCACACAUCAGUGAGAGUCUGAUGAAGAGGAAUCUGAGGCCUGUGGACCUGAGGGAUAUGAGUCUCGGUCAGUUACAAGUCAUCACCAAUGACCUGCAUUCUCAGAUACAAGGUCUGAAUGAGGAGCUGGUUCAGCUUUUGCUAAUGAGAGAUGAACUACACAUGGAACAGGAUGCCAUGCUGGUAGAUGUGGAAGAUCUAACCAGGCAUGCGCACAGCCAGCAGAGGCACAUGAUGGAGAAAUCUCUGGGCAAAGGCAAAUCAGCUUGCCAUGGUGGCUGUGGUUCUCCAUUCUAAAGACACAGAGAAUAAACCCUUGCCUGUCACUAUACGAAGAAGCAAUGUACUAAAUGUAGAUCCCUUUUUUCCAACUAGUCGUGUGUGUGUAAAGCUUUGUGUGGAUGUAUGUUAUUUAUACAUGCUGUGUUCAUGCAUGCCGGCACCUUGGGAAGUUUUAGUUCCUUGUCACUGUCCAUCUGGCUCGCUCGGUCGGGGUCUGUGGAGCUGUGACAUUUGAACUGAAUCAGUUUUAAUCCAACUAGAACUACACUAGAAUUCUACCCGCCUGACAUGCUGAAUAUGUCCCACAAAGUGAAAUGUUAUGGCUUUUUUCCAUGUUCAUAUGUGUAAAGAGGCUUUGACACAAUCUACGUCGUGUAAAGUUAUAUAUAAAUAAGAAAGAUUUAACUUAGCUAAGGGUUAUAUAAUAAAUAUAUUAAUACUGAAGGAACAAUAUGAAUCAGGAUGGCAUAUUUUCUUCUACAGAAUGUACACUUUGUUUCAGGAUACUCUACACUUAAAAAAAUUAUUUUUACUGCUUGUUCAUUUAAAAUGAGUUAAAACAACACAAUUCUUAAGGUUUUAACUUAAUUGUUUUAUGUUAAAUCCACUUAAAUUUGUAAAAAAAUAUUAAGUUAACAUAAUUGAUUUGUGUUGUAACAACAUGAAGGAAUUGUGUAGAACAAAGCGUUUUAUUACAUUGUAAUUCUCUCUGCACUGACCAAAACAAACAACUUCAAUAGACAGCUAAUUCACCCAAACAUUUAGUGAUUCAUUAACAGAGUCAUUACACAACCGUGUGAAGAUGUUUCUGGUUUUGUCCUGAAAACUGCAAAUAAAUCAACACUGUUUGUCUUUCGCAGUAUUGACAAAUAUAUAUA